AUGCACGGAAUCAAGCGGAAAUAUGUGUCCGCUGGCGACGAUAGACUACCGAAAUCCCGCGGUGUUGCUACAGUGAACGACAACAAAAGCUCCAGCUUCAACUUGAUGGGUUUGCCCGCCGAGCUGCUGAUCCACAUAUUCAACCUUGCCCGCGAACCAUGCAUGAUUCAUGCGUGCAAGACACUGUAUGUUCUACUACCCGACUUCGUCAACUACACCCGUUCGCUCGUGGGACUCGCGUAUGGCACCACAGAUGUCAGUAAUCCACUAGCUCUGUUGCACCCCCAAUUCUGGCCGCUGACCGGACACGAAGGACACAACUGGACUUGCGAGGAGAGGCAGUAUCUGCAACGCGAUGUGGCUGCUAGUUCAUGGCUACGGAUCUCGCACCUGAAGCAGCUACACAAGUUCUUAUUCCAACAACUUGUAAGGGUACAAGUCCUCAACAACGAAGCGUACCGGAUGACUAGUGUACGAAGAGGUGGUGUGGAGAUGGAGACCGCGAGUACGCCCUUGAAGGAUCUCAAUAUGCAACAGUUGGGAAUAUCCGUCCAGAUCAAAUCAGGUCGAUGGCGCUACGGCUUUCUCCAGUUUCGCGACAACUUCCUUCACGCCGAUGUUUACAACGCACGGGGCGUUUCGAUGAAGUCUCUGAGACGCGUGUACGACUUGUUUUCGGUCACGUUUCUCCCAGACUGUCUGAUAACCCACGACCCGGUCAACGAGAGCUCCUACCUACGCGAUCUCUUCAUACGUUGCUGUACCAUCGAUAAGGACGCGUCUUAUGACAAGUUGACGAAGGAGCCGGAUGCAGGAGAUUUCCGACGCGACUUGCGAUGCAACGAGGCACUAUUGAGCCAGCGAAUUUAUCAGACCCUCGAGCAGCCUUCCAAAGACUUUCGCCGCAAAGGGGAACACCUGGACGAUGCUCACUACCUGUACCGCUGGCUGAUGCUGAACCAUGUAUGCGACUUUCCUGUGGUGAUCGAUUACAGGAUGCUCAGCGCGUGCGUGGAAUACGGUCUCCCUGGUUGCCUUGAGCUCCUUCUAGGCAAUUAUAUGCCCAUGCAUUGCCACUGCGUGGGCGGCAGCCAAGGGGAUAGUAUGGAACUGCGGCCAACAACUGUGACCGAGAAGGAUCUUAUCAAGCUGGGCUACAGAGCCAUAGAACUGCUUCGCAGUCAAAGUUGGAAGCUGAAAGACAAGGAAAGCCGUAUGUGCUGCCUACAACUCAUUGUCGACCAAUUGGCACAUAUUGCUAGCAUGAAAAAACUUGCGACUGACUACGAAGUGGCGACCUGGGUCGAAGCGGAGGCCCUGGUGCGGGAGGAGAAGGCAGAGAAACGUAGAGUUGAACACAUUGCGUAUAGAGUCCGAUUGAAUAACGAAUACCCUGGAACUGAGGACGGCGGAGAGGAAGAGGAGGAGGAUGAAGAGUAUGAAGUGGAGUGGGAGGAUGAGGACGAGGACGAUGGACUAGGUGAAGAAGACGUUCAAACCUAG